CGGGUGGGCGGGGCCAUGCUAAUGACGUCAAUGGAAGGACGGGAUGGGGAGGGAGCCAGGCAGAGCUGAUCCCACGUGUGACGCUCGCAUUCCCGGCUCAGUAAUAUUCUCUUAGCUCUGACAGUGUGUGUGUUAGUUACUGGCCAUAGUUGGGUUAGCCAUGGAGGGAGACGGGAGCCAAGCCACAUCUGGAAGCCCUAACGAUUCGCAACACGACCCGGGUAAAAUGUUUAUCGGUGGCCUCAGCUGGCAAACUUCACCAGACAGCCUUAGAGACUAUUUUAGCAAAUUUGGAGAAAUCAGAGAAUGUAUGGUGAUGAGAGAUCCCACGACAAAACGCUCCAGGGGAUUUGGCUUCGUUACGUUUGCGGAUGCGGCCAGUGUAGAUAAAGUCUUAGCUCAACCUCACCACGAAUUAGAUUCAAAGACGAUUGAUCCUAAAGUUGCCUUUCCAAGACGCGCUCAACCCAAGGUAACACAAUUCCUCCUGUGCUGUCAGAAUCCUCUGCUUAGUCUUGGCCUCUCUGUGAAAGGUGCCAGGUAGAGGGGUGGCACCUGGAGAGGAGGCCAUGCACUCACGCAGGGGUGCCGUGCUCUCUGUCGUGAUGUGGAACCUGUCAAUGGAACAUAUGGCUUUCCCACUAAUCAGCACUUCUGCCCAACUCUGCCCAUACCUGCUGAUUCAACACACAUGCACCUUGGCUCCACCCUGGCAUACUGUGCUUUAAUAAGCAAUCUUUAUUGUGGCAAGUCAACAAUUAUGCACUUCAUAUUCUCACAGUUGGUGUUAUUGUGGAGCAGAACUCUUAUUCUUGUAUUCUUGCUUUAAGUUAUUGCCCCCCUCCCCCCCAAAAAAGAAGAUCUGUUUAAUUUAAUUGCAAUUUUGUAAAAAAUAAAAAUACAUAUCCUAUAUUUUUUUAAGAGACCCACUAAAAUGUAAUUCAGUGUAACAAUAUUGUCAGCCAUAUUUACCACAAGAAUAUAUUCAUGAUAUAUUUAAAGAGUAAUUAAUUUCAUCCCAAAUACUAAUUAGUUGUAAAUAUAUAUAUUUUUAAUUUGCCACUAUCCUAGGUUUUGCCCGUUUGUCAGUAAGAAAUGUUUACUCAUUUAAAACACA